GUUAUGUUUAAGAGGCAAGACAAUCAAUUAUUCAAAAACUAUUAUAGUAUUUUAGUCAUUUAGUAUAAUAGUAUUAUUAGUUAUUACUUAUUACUUAUUACAUAAAAAGUUCUUAGCGUUUUAACUCCUCUACCAAGUUUGCAUUUAGUGAUCAGUUUUUGAAUAACCAUGUCGGCUCAAUGUGAGAAAGUAAACUCUACCAGUCCAGCCUGCGAGUUUGGUCCUAAACUAAAGCUGUUACGGUCCAAUGACCAGGUCCGGGAACUGCAGACCAUACUUAGAGACAAAAACACAAGUCGAACGGAUUUCAAAUUUUAUGCUGACCGUCUAAUUCGUCUAGUCAUUGAGGAAAGCUUAAACCAGUUACCAUUUGAUACUUGUAUGGUUAUGACACCUACAGGUAAUUACUACAAAGGUACCAAAUAUCAAAGAGGUAACUGUGGUGUCAGUAUUGUGCGUAGUGGAGAGGCUAUGGAGCAAGGUCUGCGAGACUGUUGUCGAUCAAUACGCAUUGGUAAAAUAUUGGUAGAAUCAGAUUCAGAUACUCAUGAAGCCCGUGUAGUAUAUGCUAAAUUUCCUCAUGAUAUAGCUGAUAGAAAAGUGCUAUUAAUGUAUCCAAUAAUGAGUACUGGAAAUACUGUUAUUAAAGCAGUGAAUGUUUUAAAGGAACAUCGAGUGGCUGAAGACAAUAUAAUUCUAUCAAACUUAUUCACUACACCUAUUGCUGCUCAAACUAUUACCACAGCAUUCCCAUUGAUGACUAUACUAACAUCAGAACUUUAUCACAUCGCGCCCAAUCAUUUUGGCCAAAAAUAUUUUGGUACUGAUUAAAUAUCUUAUUUAAUUUAUUAUUUUUGUUUGCACAACAUUACAUUUUUGGUAAGUAAGACUUUUACCAUGCAAAUCACAAUGUGACCAAUUUAAACAGACUUAAUUAUACAUUUUUUCCUAUCGGUCAAUUUUAAUCAUAAGAUACAAUUUACAAUGUCUUAUAACUUUUUUUCAAGAAAAUUUUGUUAUUGUUAUUACAUAGAUAGGUUAUUAAUUAUCAUUUUGUUCUAAGAACUUAUAUUUCGACUGAAAUGUAUUCAAUAUAAAGCUGUUUAUUUACAGUAUUCAAUUUGAAUAAAUGAUUUAAUUUUUAAGUUAUUAUUAUUUUGAUACAUUUUUAUGACUAAUAUUUUACUAACUGUAAGAAAUUACAUUGCUAUAAGUUGUUUAUUUUAUAAUGGAAAUUUGUCUGUAGGUUCUUGAAUUAUGUAAUUUAUUCAUCCGUUCUAAAACACCGAAUUUUCGCCAUCAUGUACCAAACUAUAUUUUUGGAUAACCUUAAACCGUGUAUUUCUUAUAUGUCCUAUACAUUAAUAAAUGCAAAUUUUUAAAUAUAAUUUGGAGAAACUUCAGUGUCAAGUGUCAACAUAAUUAUAAAUAGAAUGUUAUUUUUAUAAGGGGAUUGCAAACAGACAGUUAUUUCAGCCAAAAUACAUCCAUCUUUUGUCAAUCAUGCCGAUGGACCUCAUAAUGCAAUAAGACUUCUGAAAACUGAUUU